UUUCAGGCUGUUUCAAUCAAACGGUUCCGUUUGCAAGUGCAGCGCUGGGUGGUAGUCAGCCCACAUGCCCAAAGCCUUUUCUGUGGAACGCCUAUCAAGUGAGUCCAGUGAUUCUGACGCUGGCCAGCAAGAGGGCCAGCAAAGCGCUCCUGCUGCAAAGCGUCGUCGUGUUCAAGACAAGACAGACAUAGACAAGGCAUCUGAGGCAUAUUUGCGAUCGCUGAUUGGAAAGCAAUGCCCUUGCAAGAAGCGAGAGUGCUUGCUUCAAUUUGCAGAGCCCUCCAAAUUUGCUGCGCUAGCUGAGUAUCGCUCACAUUGGCUUGAUCUAGAGAAGUUAGACCAAGACACCUUCGCAUUGGACCGAAUGAAGACCAUGAUCCAGGCCUGUGAAGGUGAUGGUAAUGGGUUGAUGAAGUGGUCCAUUGAAGGUGUGCAGACUUGUCGAAGGGCAUGGAAAGCUUUACACAACAUGGGUAGCUGAGCUGGAUGACAGAAUUGAAUGGCAACGAUUGUGCGUGAGGGUCGCCUUUUUCCAUCUGGUAGGUGCACACAGGCUGAUUGCCCAAAACGACGCAGCCUAGGCACUGGACGACGCCAGAGAAUUUUCCAGGCAGCGCAGAAACGGGCAGUGUCUGCGCCAGUGGACCUUCGGUAUGUGAAGAGGCCAUAUUCGGACAAGAAGGGGAAGUCAGAAGAUUGUGUCCGUGGAGAUGUUGUUUCAUUCCUGGGUUCUCUUUGGGCAUCUGUAGCGGAGACGCUCCCUGAUGUUCGUGACGAUACGUUUGACGAUGUGGAUCCGGAGGUGAGCUCUCGGAACAUCCGCUCCUUUGUGGUCCAGUACCUGAGGAGUGGACACACACACGAGGACAUAGACCAAACAUUCGGAGCCCUAUCGAAACAUCUCCUUAGAGUUCGGGACCUUCAAUCACCUUCAGACGUGGUCAACACCAUCAAAGACUUUUUGCAGAAGGCGAAAAUGGCAUGGGAGACCGAGAGACAUGUAGUGAUGAUGGAUUCCAUCAGGGAUUGGAACGGCUUUCUCACAGAACCUGUGCCCUUCAAGCUGGUCGGAAUCGGAGGGCCUGGGGCGCCCCAUUACUUUAAGCUGCAGCGCCGUGUGGAUGCAGGAUUGCAAAGCUACGAGAUCCAGAACAAGUUGUGGCAUUACCCAGAGCACCCUGACGAUGUAAUUCUCAGGACAAAACAGUGGAUGGCCAGCCCAGAGUUCACUUUCACCAGUUUACUGUACCCUCGCCACCUUGCCUUCGAGCGUCUUCGCCUUGGUGUGCCUGCAGGUCUGGCUGAGAAACGCGUCAUUGACCCGGAGCACAAGAAGCACUUGACUCGCUUCUUGCCCGCCUUGCGAGUGCCUUUGUUUGGGUUGGGCAAGUUCGCUGAUUGGCUUGAAGCCUGGCUGGACGGAAGCCUGGAGCAAUGUGAUCUCUUGGAUGUCACCGCGUGCCUGUGCAUUCCGUAUGGCUGA